UCCAACGGUGGUCCCCGCGGCCCACUAUUGCUGGUUCGGCAACGCGUUUACGUCUUAGCCGCGGACUGGUCCGCGCUUUCCCUACUACCUUUCUUUCUCGAGGGGUUGUCCCUUCCUUUGGUUUCCUGGUCUCUGGGGCUGGGGUCCGGAAACUGCUGAAAGGAACUGGAUCUCACCUCUGCGAGUGCAGGCAGGAUGCGGCGGGUAGCUGAAGCAGAACGGUGUGUGAGUGACCUGAAGAGAGUUCCUGGAUGUGGAGUUUGUUUUUUUAGAACCAUCUUUGCGCUGUGAAGUGUUUGAUGAAAAAAUGUUUGGAAGAUUGACUUUUCCACAACUGCUUUUUGCUAGCCUCCUUGGAAUUGCUGGAGGAAUAUAUAUUUAUCAACCAAUAUUUGAACGGUAUUCCAGAGAUCAGAAGGAGUUAAAAGAAAAGAUGAAAUUGGUACAAGACUCAGAAGAGAAGAAAAGUUGAUACUAUAUGGAGUUGAACUGUAAUUGCUUAAAAUUCCAUUGAAAUUAUACAUUGAGUAUUAAUAAUUAGUAAAAAGUUAUUCCCUAUAAAUAGUAAAAAAUUAUCAACUAUACUUUAAACGUAAAUACAUUAUUGAUAGUGAUUUUAAAUUAGCUUUAAAAGUAGCACUGUCAAUUUUAAUGUUUACUUUUACUUUUUGCCAUUCUAUGUCUUUUCACCAGGAUCUAUGAGUACGUUUCCUUUUAAGCAAAAAUGAAUGUAUUAAGGAAUAUUUUAUUUCCUAGUUGAGGCUUAUUUUUCUGGGAAUGCGGCCUAUACAUUGGCAGUCUAGAGUAUAUAAACUAGCUGGAAUUGUGUUUACAGUUAUGUUUGUAAAUGAAGUUAACCAAGUCAACUACCUCAUGCAGAAUGCACCUCAGUUAGCCUACAAUUAGCCUACUUUAAUGUACUUCAGCACUCUUUCAAUUCCUGGCUUUCUCAUCCCAGGCAGAAUGGAGGUGUAAAUUGAGAAUCAGGAUGGCUCAAAUUAAAUAGAGGUUUUUGAGAAGGUAGAUGGUGUCACAUAGGGUGGCAAACAUGACACAGAUCUGUUUACUUAACUCACUAGGCAAAUUUACAUUAAUAAUCGCGAUCAUGGAAGAGUUAAUUUCUUAUGAAGCUAUUCAUAUAGUUAAAGGGUUUUUUGGAAAUUGCUAAGAACUGAUUUAAUUUUAUAUUUUCAGUGAGAGCUUAAAUGUAAUCACAUUGUACAAAAUACUGUAAAUCAACUCAUUUCUUUUUUUUUUUCUUUAAAUUCAUUAUAACUUAAUAUAA